AUGGUUGUACAUACUUUCACCCCGCAUAUCGCGAAGUUUGCCAGGUUCUCUCUUGGAAGGUUCACAAACCGUUGGGCUAAUGAGGAAGAAUUGAACAAACCUGCGAUUUUGAAAGAGAACAAGAUACCCAAGAAUGUACCAGCCCAGUGGAACGUUCUUAGAUGGCAAUAUCAGAGCGAGUUGUUGAUGGAGAUUAAGAAUAAAGAUAUGGAAAAGACGAGACGACAGCAAGCACAAGAAGACGGAGUGUUGGGGAUGGCGGACACAACCGCCAAGAUGAAGGGAUUAAUGGGCGAUAAUCACCUCUGGAUGUGUGCGGUUUGA